CCUACACCUACCUACACCACCACCACCACCACCACCACCCAACAUCUUCCCUAAAGAGGUCAAGACCGAGACUCACCCUCUCCCCAUGUGAACACGCAUCAAAAUGGUGUGGGAUCAAAUCGAGGCAACGCCUCCUCAUAUCACGUACUUGCUCUUGUCGACUUUUCUCAUCAGCUAUGUGCUCUUCACCAACUUCCUGAGAAAUCGCCUGCAUCUUUCUGAGCCUCCCAUUGCGCUCAUAGUGGGCAUUCUUCUUGGUCCUGCAGUGCUGCAAUGGCUCACGCCGAACUUUUGCGACUCCGAGGGCUGUGGUAGUGAAUUUGCUGGAGGGUGGGGAUGGGGCGACGGAACAGUUCAAGAAAUCACGAGAGUCAUUGUAGGCAUUCAAGUCUUCGCCGUUGGUGUGGAACUACCCAAAUACUAUGCAAGUCGCCACUGGAGAUCCGUUGCCAUGUUACUGGGACCCGUGAUGGCUUUUGGAUGGGGCAUCUGCGCCAUCUUCGCCAAAUACAUUUUUCAAAUCGACUGGUCAACGGCUUUGGUCAUCUCGGCAUGUCUAACCCCCACGGAUCCCGUCCUGGCAGCAAGUAUCCUGUCCAACUCGCAGUUCUCGACACGCGUCCCGAAGAGACUAAAGGACAUGUUGAGCGCCGAGUCGGGCUGCAAUGAUGGCGUCUCCUUUCCCUUUCUCUACAUGGGAUUGUUCUUCUUGACGCAGCACAGCACCGGCGAUGCCGUCAGGGAUUGGUUUCUCAUCACUAUUCUAUGGCAAUGCACGUUCGGUAUCUUCAUCGGACUGGUCAUUGGCGUGACUUUCAAUUGGGUUCUACGCUUCAGCGAUGCGAGAAACUACAUCGACAAGGCCGGUUUCACCGUCUUCUAUCUCCUCCUUGCCAUCUUUUGCGUUGGCGUAGGAUCGACUUUGGACUCGGAUGACUUCCUCGUGGCAUUCGGUGCGGGAUACGGCUUUGCUAGAGACGGCUGGUUUGCAAAGAAGACCAAAGAAGCACAUCUGCCCCAUAUCAUCGACCUGCUUCUCAACUCGAGCAUGUUUGUCUAUGUCGGCACGAUAUUGCCCUUCCAAUCCUACCACGAUAAGAUCUUGACACCCUGGAUCACUGUUCCGCGGUUACUCGGAUUUCUGGUUCUCGUCUUGCUGUUCAGACGGAUUCCAGUCGUGCUCGCCACCUACCGAUUCAUUCCCGACAUUAGAACGAUUCGAGAAGCACUCUUCUGUGGACACUUUGGGCCUAUGGGACUCGGUGCUCUCUUCCUGGCCGUGGAAGGGCGAGCUGUGCUGGAAACGGGGACCAGCACGCCAGAUAGUCACCCACCAGAGUACUCGCCUCCUUUGACCGAUCGACAAAAAGCAAUCGAGACCAUUUGGCCGGUAGUCUCAUUCAUCGUUCUUGGAAGCACUCUUGUCCAUGGACUCAGCGUUCUCGUAUUGAGCGUCGCUUCGCAUUUGAGAAAGUAUAAAAAGGAUCGUGCGGGAGUAGUCGCGGCUGAGACGGACCCUCUCACUGGUAUGGUUCACGAUGAGGGUGAUGGCGGCAGUGCCUCGGAGACUACCGACGACGAACACGGACAGGUUUAGCUUUGAGUGCUGCUGUCGUAGACUAGCUUUGUGCGGCCCUCCAGCGCGGAUUGUAGGCUCUGCAUCACCUGUGUGACUAGCUCAUGGGAGUAAAAAGCUACACCUAGCUCUUGACUUGUGUACCAGGAUGCACGAUCCAUAUUUCCACUGCCGAAGACGAUGGCUUCCUCGUCCACCACGGUGAGUUUGAGAUGAGACUGCACGGGCUCCGCAUCGCCGCCUGUCUUUGCCUUUGCCGCUGCUCCUGAACGUGGUUCAUAAUACGACACGCGUAGCGAGCCCAUUGUUCCCCCUCUCCCCGCUUCCAAAUCCCCCAUUCGCCGCUCCCGCUCCAGCACCGCCCUCUGAUACUUCUUCACCAACCCCCUCACACACCACCCCGUCGUCCUCCCCGCCGUCACGAGUUGUUCCACCCUCAUCAAUCUCUCACUCGUCACAAUCGUCACUUGCACGCCCCGCUCGACCGCUGCUCCCCAGAGUGCGUCGAGCACGGGUGCACAGGUGAGAUUGGGCGUUUGGAUGUAGAUGCUUUUGUGCGCGGUGGUGAAGAGGUGGAGGAGUUCGAGGUUGAGAGGGGUUGGAGGGGCUGGAGAGGGGGGUUGCCAGGGAAAGAGGUGGAAGUGUGGGUUGCGGUGGUGUGGGGAGGGGAGGAA